UUCCCACUCUACUUUAAAAUUUUGGAAAUAUUGUGCAAUAGUGCUUUUAGAUUUGGAAGUGAUUUGGAACGUAUAAAAGUGCAUGUCUAACUCAAACAAGCUGCAGUCGUUGCUGUGUAUGCAGAGAAUUGAUAAACCUGAGUGAGUGCUAAGAUGUGAAAUAAUCAGGUUCAGUGUGGAUUUCUUCUUUUCGUACAACUGUAUCUUCUCCGACUGACAAAAGCUACUUCAAUGGAUGAACACACAAGUCUCGAUUUAAAGCAACAAAUGGAUAAGUACCAAUUCCUCGAGCUUCUACUGCUGCGAUGUCUCCCACAAGAUCAACUAGACUUCAAGCUUGUCUCUCAUGACGACCACAAUUUUCAUUUAACUCUGGACGACCACCACGAUGUCUGUGUAAUUCGCCAUCUUCCAGCAACUCGAAAGUUGAGCCAGCGAGAUUUCGACGAGGGAGGUGAAUUGCUGUUAAGUAGCAGCUGCCCAGAGUGUGUAAGCCGGAAAGCAAAUUAUUUUAUUUACACAAAUUGCCCAACGGACCAUCUCAAUUUAACCGAGCUGCACGAUGACAAAUUUAACUUCCUAAAUUUCACAAAUUUGCGCAGUGUUGUUACGGAUAGAGAAGGGGGCGUUUUUAUUGAUCAAGUGCCUUCAAAUUUACAUUUAAGUGUUAAUGAAGCUUUAAAAGUAUUUGCUAGUCAUUAUAAUCUUGGGUCGUUUCAUUCCCAGUAUAUUUUAGAUCGAUUUUACGCUUUUGUUAAAGAAAGUAAGAAUUUUACCAAGGAAGAGGCGAAAUGCGCUUUGUUAGAGUUAUUUAUAUGCAAGUACAAAGUAGAUUUAGCGUUUGAUAUUGACAGUUGGAAGUGUAACGAUUUUUGGAACUCUAUCACUUGUGGUAAAUCAUUUGUUUUUGUCAAUUCCAAUUUUGUAAGUGACACAUUUUUAAAAGCACACACUAUUGGUGUCAUUGCCAACUUCGGUGAUGCAUCCGAGUUGGCUUACAAGAAGUUGUGGUUCACUGGACAAAUUUCCUUGUUAACUUUGGCAAGAACAUCGGAUGAUGUGAACAGUAUUGUUAGUAUUGUAGAGGCUGCUUCUGGUAAUUUAAGAGUUACUGUGUUAACGGUGGCUGAUCAUUGUGACACUGUGUUCCACUUGGAUUAUGACCAUGUAAGGCAGUUGUUGGGGUGUAAAGUCAGCUUGCAAGGGAAAUUUUUGGCCAAUUUGGGAGAUUUGGUGGAUCCCGCAUUGUUGAGAUCGUUGUAUGCUAGUGAUAUUAUUAGUUUAAUUACGAACAAUUUUGUUAUGGACUACUAUUAUAAGGAGCUACCUCCUUAUUUUAUCGAAAGGUCAUUUUUGAAAAUCAUUCUUCGACUGGAUGUCGUUAACGACUUGAGGAAUGAACUGUUCGUUGUGAGAAAUGAAGGGGGUUCCGUUAAUCUGCCGUUAAGAACUUUAGAAUGUUUGCCCAAUGUGAUUGUUGACGCAGAUGAGCAUGGUAUGAUCGAGAAGGCGCGAAGUGAAAAUCGUUCGGUACACUUUGUAGUGUCGCAUGGGGAGAAUUGGUUGGAGUGGACCGGCUCUUGGGGUUGUGUGGAAAAUUUACGCCAGUUUGAAGCAUCACAAGAAUACAAUUUGACGUGUGAUUUUCGCCAUUUAGUCGGCAACAAGCAUAGUGUACACAUCAUCAUAGAUUCAUCAAUGGGAAAAUCCACUUUGUUGGAUUAUAUUGCGCUGAGUGUACCUGAGGAGUGGGUGAUCACCGUCGACUUACAACAGUACAUUUUCAAUCACAAACCUACAUUAGACCACGUAUACCAGUUAUUCAAGCAAGAAGUUAAAUCAGAACUGGCACAGAAGAUUUUUAAACAAUUUGUCGAUUCGAAAAAAAUUCAUUUACUUCUGGACCGGUAUGAUGCAAUAGCUCACACGCAUUUUAAUGAGGUUGUCGAACUCCUUGAAUUCCUGCAAAGAAACAAUUUGAACACAUGGUUACCGGUAGGUCCCAAUAAUGCUGUGCAGCUUACAGAACGUCUUGGUACCAUUGCAACGGUCACAAAACCAUUCAGUGCCCAAAAUCAGCAUGAUUUUUUAACCAAGUAUUUUAGCCAAUUUUGUAACCGUAAUGUAGCUACCAAUGAUUUUGUAAAUACUCUACUAAGGGUUGUUAGAACAAAAAUUGACGCAUUUCUCGAUUCACCUCUGUACCUAAAGUUUAUUGCUGACAUUUACACUGAGAGGUUUAAACACUUUUGUGUGACUGGCGGAUUACAAAACGAAGAGGAAUUUGUUUUGCUUAAUUUUUUUGAAGAAUUUUUGGCACGGUAUCUUACAUAUCUCGUUGACAAGCACGGAUAUUGCAAAACUAAGAUUCUUCCCCACCUCUUUGGGUUAGCAUUUCAAAGUGUUUUUAAGGAUAGCAGCCUACAAGAUUUGGAUUGUUUAAAGGUCCACAUUUUAGAGGAGCUUGUAAGAGAGGAGGGCGAUUUUUCUUACUCCAUCCUUUCACAUUAUUUGAUCGCGAAGUGGAUGGGCGAAAACCUAUCGAGUAACUUUGUGAAAAUCUUCAAUCGGAAGCGGUCUCGAUACAUGGAACAAUACGCCAACAUAUUUAGAAUGUUUGAUCUAAUGUUGGCGAAGAAUUUAGAGGUACACACUGCACUGAUUGAAGGCAAAAUCAAUCAGGUAAUCUCGUCUCCAUCUCUUCCAUUUAAUGAAACUGAUGCUGGUGGUCGAAACAUCGCGCAUAUUGCUGCUAUGUAUGGAGCUCCCCACUCAUCAAGUCAUAUUGCUCCUAACAUUCAUAUAGAAGAUAAUUUUGUGCACGUCAUCAGAUUGGCAGAUUUAAUGGCAAUUACCACAAACGACGCACUAUUAGAGUACUCGCCACUUGAGUAUGCGAUAAACAGUAGUUGUCUAGCGGUUGCAAAUGAAAUAUGUAAAAAAGUGCCUCACUUGAUACACAAUGCGUACAUAGAUCUACCAGAGCUGGGAAACUACAUCCAGUACUGUCUUCGAAUUGACGAUUAUAAACCUUUAUUAAAGUCAUUACUUAAAUACAUCAUCUGUUUUACUGUGACCACUCAAAAGGUACUGGAAAUCUUCAACCUACACACGCUGUUUUCGUAUUUAAAACUAAACGAAGUGACACAACAGAAUUUUCAAGACUACUUAUCAAUUUACGACGUUACAUUCCUAAACCAUCUAAUGGAAAAACUCGAAUUGAAAAAGGAAGGUGCAAGGUAUUUCACUAACAUACAUUUAGCUGCCGCCCUUGGAAACAAACCAAAUAUUCUUGAGUUAUUGAAUAAUGGCGCUAAAAUCAAUUCGAGUUGCGGUUGUUUUACUCCGCUACAUGCAGCAGUGGUAUAUAAACGAAUUGAUAACGUCACCACGCUACUAACGGCAAGGGCUAAAAUAAACAUCACCGACUCUCUCGGUAAUACCGCCUUACACCUAGCGUGCCAAAAUUUUGGUACGGCCCUUGUACGAAAACUGAUAACGAAAGGCGCGGAUAUUAGCAUACAAAACAACGAAGGCGACACCCCUUUCCACCACGCGUUGAAACACAACUGCGAGCAAAACGCCGAACUAUUCCUCCCCGAUAAGUACUACUCGUUAUUUUUCUCUCCUCAAACGAGUAUUUCUCGUGAUAGAUGCCUCGACGUAAAUUUACCGAAUAAAAACGGAGACACCCCUCUUUUGUUAGCAUUACGACAUUACUGUAGUAAUAUUGUUAGACGACUAUUGGAGUGCCAUGCCGACGUACAUGCGGUAAACAACACCGGAAACACAUGUUUGCACUAUGCCGCGGCAAUUGACGAUUACAAAACGGUUUUGGAGUUGAUAUAUUCGCACGUUAACAUUAAUGGUAUCAAUGAUGAUGGGGAAACACCUCUGAUUAUUGCCUUAAAAUGUGAGCAUGUAAGGAUAGCAAGACUGCUACUUUCUAAAGGAGCUCGUGUUACUGACGCGAACAAAUUGGGAGUUACUUGCUUGCAUUACGCAGCUGAGUACGGUUUGAACGACGUGGUUGCGAGCAUUUUGGAUAAAGGUGGCGAUGUUAACUUGCAAAAUACUGAGGGCGACACACCACUGAAAAUGGCAUUGGUAUCUCGACGAGUACGUACAGUAUUACUUUUAUUGAGCAGAGGAGCAAAUCCUAAUCUUUUAGACGGCAAUGGCCGCAACGGUUUACAUCAUGCGAUCAACUUCUCACUUGGGAGUGUUGUGGAAAGUCUAGUAACUAACCGUUGCUCAGUCAAUCAUGCGAAUAAUUAUGGGGAUACACCUUUGAUUGCGGCUAUUAAUAAGGAAAUUACACCCAUUGUCACGCUUUUGUUAAAGAACGGGGCCGAUAUUAAUGUGGUCGAUUCAGAUGGCUCCUCGUGCUUGCAUCUCGCUGUGACAUUACCAACAUUACUUGAGGAACUCAUUACACUAGGCCUUGACAUUAAUAAAGAAGACAAUAACGGCAAUACGCCGCUUAUGGUUGCAGUAGAACGACUACGUGUAUUUUCCGCCAAGAUCCUCAUGGCAAAUGGCGCUUGUAUUUCCACGGUGAACAAAUCAGGAUUCUCGCUUAUACACUACGCGGCUCGAGCUACACUAAACGACUUGAUGCUCGAACUGAUAGACAAAGGGGCAGAUGUCAAUAAGAAGGCCAACAGUGGAGUAACCCCUCUGUUAUUGCACUCACAGUAUUGCAACUUAAAGCGUACCACUAUAAAGAUACUGAUCGAUAAGGGGGCCGAUUUCGGUGUAAUCGAUCAACAAACUGGUAACUCUCUAUUACAUUUAGCUGUCGCCCAAGCCAACGUUGAAGCUUUAGAGAUGCUACUUCGCUUAACCUCUAACAUAAAUUUGCAGAAUAAUGACGGGGAGACUGCACUGCACAUGUCAAUCAAGAGAGGGCACGCUGUCAGUACAGCUCAGCUAUUCUUGUCCAAGGGAGCAGAUCCUAACAUUGCCGAUCGCAGCAAUAAUACCUGUCUACGUAGCGCGAUAAUAGCAGACAAUGCAGGUCUAGUUAAAGCCUUACUUAAACACGGCGCUAAGACUAAUGGUGAAUUUUUUAAGCUGGCUCAGGGAUUGGGUCACGUUACUUUACUUCCUGUGUUGCUGACUAAUGCAACUUUGGAUGCAGUAUUUUCUUCGAUAGCAAAUGGAGAGAUCGACACUCUUAAAAGACUUACAGCAAAUGGUUAUGACAUAAAUAUACGAGAUGGGAAUGAAAAUACACCUCUUCUGUAUGCACUGGAAAAUUCUCAGGUUGCGGUCGUCGACUACCUCCUUACCAUGGACGUCGAUAUAACGGUUCGUAAUAAUAUAGGCUACACUUGUUUGCAUCGGGCUGUGCGACUCGGUGAUGCUAGAAUUGUACGUCAGCUCCUUGCGAAAGGUUGUGACAUUGACGCCGUGACUUUGACCGGUGAAUCAUCUCUACUAAUCGCACUCACCCACAGACGUUUGCAUAUUGUACAACUGUUGCUCGACUUGAAUGCAAAAGUCCACACAGUACCACAAACUGAGGAGGGAUCGUGCUUGCACGCCGCCUGUAAGUAUGCGUCAUGUGAGAUUGUCUCGCGCAUUCUACAAACGGGCUGUGAUGUAAACCAGCUGAGUGCAUCUGGACUGAUACCGUUCAUGGAAGCAGUCGACAAUAACAAGCGAGAAGUGGCCUUAAUGCUUAUUGAAAGUGCGGUAGAUGUCAAUCUACUAACAGAAUCGGGGUGCCUCUUCUCCGCCGUCAAUUCGCAAUAUCUCGAUAUUAUAAACCUCCUCUUAGAUAAAGGUGCGCCCAUAGAUCACAUGGACGGUUCCUAUACUGCGUUGAAAAAUGCCAUUAGAAGCAAAAAAAGAGGUUCAGCUAAAUUGCUACUGUCUAGAGGAGCCGAUGUUCACAUAGGUAACGAGUGGACCUCUUACCCCUUGCAUCUAGCCGCCCAAAAUGAAAUGGAUGAUGUGGUUUCGUUUAUACUAGACGAAGGCUUCGAUAUUAACAAAAAAACCAAUUGCCACUCCAACCCAUUAUUUGCCGCUGCGACUAACAAGAAUUUCUCAACAGUCAACCUACUACUCGCCAGAGGGACCUCAAUUGACACCUUCAGUAACGACUUUACCUCGUUACUGGGAGUAGCAGCUCGGAAUGGCUGGGAGGAACUUGUGGGGCAGCUGAUUGCAAGUGGCGCCGACAUUCAUCAUCAAAAUGAUGACUGGUUCACCCCGUUAGACUUGGCAAUGUUGCAUCGACAUGUAAACGUCGUUAAAUUAUUAUUUAGCGCAAUAAUAGCGCAGGGACACGCAGACUCCCCACUUAACUACUUGCACAGCGCCGCCGCGUUUGGGGACAACAAAAUAAUCAUUGCGCUUUUACACAACGGUUACGAUGUUAACAAAUUGAAUGCUAACGGUGAAACUCCCUUACUGUUGUCCUUGAAAAAUGAAAGAUUGAGUACUUCCAAACUACUUUUAGCCAAAGGGGCGGUUGUAACGGAGGACUGCUUGCUUUUCUUCGCUCAGUACGGGUGGAAUGACAUGGUGUUAAAAAUGCUGGAGAAAGGUACUGAUGUUAAUAUCGGGCGGUACGAUGAUGCAACCCCCUUACUUAUCGCCGUGCAAUAUAAAAAUUUACCAACUGCUCGGAUCCUCCUAUCUCAUGGCGCUGAUCCCACUAGGCAAAACAGUGACGGUAGAACGCCUUUAUACUAUUCGAUUCAAAAUAAUUGCAAGCGCACUUUGAAAGCUUUACUUGAAACUGUUAACGUGGACAAAAGCAAAAGGGACAUAAACUCCGCAAUAUUCACCUCGAUGGAAUUGAAUUAUUUCAAUUUGACCGAAAUGUUGAUCGCCUAUAGUGAUUGUAGCUCCGAAAACGAGUCUGGAGAACCCUUGCUUUUUGUCGCCGUCAAAAAUGGCUGUGAAAAUCUCGUGCGACAAAUUCUGGCAAAGCACGGAAAUGUUAAUGAGAUUAACUUAGACGGUGACACGCUUCUGAUGGCAGCGGUCGCAAACAGUGACGUAGAAAUGAUUAAGUUGUUGUUGGAAGUGCUGAUCCUAGGAUCGUCAAUAAAGGGAAAUUCCUGUUUGCAUUGCGCCGUACAUUGUUCAGAAGAGGUGCUGGGUAUCUUUUUAGAAAACUGUGACGUUAAUCUAAAGAACCUUGAUGGAGAUACACCCCUAGUGUAUGCUUUGAAAAAUGCGUGUACGCAUUCUGCGCAUAUGUUGAUCGAGUCCGGUGCGGAUAUACGCAUUGAAGAUGCUCUGGAUAACAGCUGCAUUCAUUACGCCGUUAAGCUAGGCGCGGAAAAAUUAGUAAAGUGCCUGAAAGAAGGAGGGCUGGAUAUAAACAAGAGGAAUCGAGAAGGAGACGAUUGCUUCGACUUGGCCGUAAGCAAUGGUAACGUCGACAUUAUGAAAUUGUUGCUGUCCUACGGAGCGGACGUACACCAAGUGAAUCGCUUAGGUGAGAAUUGUUUAUUGAAAUGCAUAGAAAAGAAAAGGAAGAUGAAGAAAAAAGCCGAUUUAGAAAAUGCCGAUUUCAUACUCGAUUUGCUAGCAAAAGGAGUGGACAUUAAUCAGCAGUCGAAUGUGGGAAUGACACCUUUUCUCAUGGCGUUGGAGAAAGCCAAUGUAGUCUUCGCGAAGAUGCUGCUGGCAAAAACUGUUAAUAUCCACCUGCGACACCGACCCGGUUCCAAUUUGCACUUUGCCAUCUCGCAAAAGGUGGACGUAAUAGGCGAUUUGUUGGAUUUGGGUCUGGACAUAAACGAGCAAGAUGAUCACGGCGACACGCCACUACUACUAGCUCUCCAAUCCGGUAUGGACGCCACUGCCAAACUUUUACUGCGUAAAGGCGCCAGUGUCCACAUCACAAACAACGCUAAUAACUCUUGCUUGCAUAACGCAAUUGCUCGAUGCAAGAUCGAAACGUUAUCAAUGCUAAUUGAGCAAGGCGCCGAUGUUAACCAUCGAAAUCUGGCCGGCGAAAAUCCCUUACUGAGUGCGCUUAAAUUGCGUAAACUCACCAUUGCCAAACUACUACUGCAAAACGGCGCAGACUGUGAUAUUUUUGACAUUCAAAAUGGCUCUUGCUUGCUUUACGCCGCGAAACAUGGCUACGACGAGCUAGUUAGCGAUUUUAUUGCGAGAGGGGUACAUAUCGAUCAGCUUCACCCCAACGGCAAUGCGUUCCUAGUGGCUCUCAGAGGCAAACACGCAAAUAUUGCCAAGAUGCUCAUUAAAAACGGUACCGAUAUUCACUCAUUCACGUCAAAGGACAAAUGGAUGGAUUUAUUGUUGCACGUCGACGAUACCGAACUAAUUGAUUUGGUUUUGGCAAAAGGCGUAGAUAUUAAUUACCGAUUGUCCCAAAGCGAACCUCUCCUUCUCUCCGCUCUUAAAGAAAAAUGUAGGAGAAUGGUGGACCAUUUAAUUGCGAAGGGAGCCAACGUUAAUUUGUGUAGUUACACCACUGGGGACUCGUGCUUACAUUACGCAGUAGCAGCAGACUAUGAAGAUCUUGUCAUCGAUUUUUUAAGCAAAGGUUUAGAUAUAAAUCGCGAGAAUAAUCAACGUGAAACACCACUACGUCUUGCAUUUAAGGAAAAGCGUAGGAAUAUGAUCAAAUUGCUGUUGUCACAUGGUGCCUCUGUCGAUGAUGGCAAUUUUCUACAUUCUUACAUGCAUUAUGCGGCUGAAAUGGGUGAUAAUGCCAUUGUUGCAGCGCUGAUACACAGAGGCGCUGAUUUAAAUGUGGUUAACACUGAUGGUAAAACACCUUUAUUUGUUGCGGUGUUAUCUAACAAUGUAGGGGCUGUGAAACUGUUGAUCAGACAUGGUGCAGAUUAUAAUCUCACCGAUAAAGAGGGUCGCAAUUUAUUAAGUGUUGCAAAAAGUAUAGAGGCAGGUGAGCUGGUUAUUGACUUUGCUAGUCUGGGACUUGGAGAUGUUGAAUAGGGUAUUGAUCAGCUAUUGUCUAAGUUUUGCAAAUUUAGGUUUGUUGUUAUUGUAUGGCCUUAUUGUAUGAAUUUGUUACUUUUUUUGUACUUUAUUAAAAAAUAUCUUCCAAUGUCA